AUGCAGAUUCGGGUGCCUGCAACCUUGGUGGCUGUGGCAGGGCUGGAACAAGCCGGGGACAAGGGUGGGGCCAGCCGGGCCCUCGGGGAGCAGGCUGAGGACCACGGGAGCCUGGCCAUCCUGGACGAGAUCCCAGGAGAUGCCUCACACCCUUUCUGGAUGAGCAGUGCUGUGAGCAGCGCCCCGGCCCCGCGGCCUGCCGGGGAGCCCCCGGGGCCGGAUGGCAUGACCGUGGGCUAUCUGACGCUGAGCUCGCUGACCAUGGCCGUGUGCGUGUGUGGCGUGGCGGGCAACGGCCUGGUGGUCUGGCUGCUGGGCUUCCGCGUACGGAGGACGCCCUUCUGCGUGUACGUGCUCAACCUGGCGGCCGCCGACCUCCUCUUCCUGCUGUGCAUGGCGGCUCUGCUGGUUCUGGAGACCCGGCCGCUGGGCAGCCUGGGCCGGGCGGAGCCGGUGCACCAGGCCUACGAGGUCCUCAAGAGAACCAAGUACUUGGCCUACACCGCCGGCCUGAGCCUCCUCACGGCCAUCAGCGCCCAGCGCUGCCUGUCCGUCCUCUUCCCCGUCUGGUACAAGUGCCGCCGGCCCCGGCACCUGUCGGCCCGCGUGUGUGCCGGGCUCUGGGUGCUGGCCCUGCUCACCAACGCGCUGGCCUCCCUCUUCUGCAGCUGGUUCUGGCACCCUGACGCGCAGCACUGCUUCACCGUGGACAUGGUCAUGAGCGGCCUCAUCCUGGGGGGCUUCACGCCCCUCAUGAUCGUGUCCAGCACCGUCCUGUUCGUGCGGGUGCGGUGGAGCCCCGCGCCCCGGCGCCGGCGGCCCCUGCGGCUCUACCUGGUCAUCCUGGCCUCCGUCCUGGUGUUCCUUGUGUGCUCCCUGCCGCUCGGCCUCUACUGGUUCUUCCUGUACUGGCUGCGCCUGCCCGAGCAGCCCACGCUGCUGCUGGUCUGCCUGUCCCGCCUGUCCUCUGCCCUGGGCAGCAGCGCCAACCCGCUCAUCUACUUCGUGGUGGGCAGCCGACAGCAUCGCGGGCCACGCGAGUCCCUGGGGGCCGUGCUGGCCCGCGCCCUGCGGGAGGAGCCCAUGCCCGACGACACGGACCCGCCGUCCACGGCCACCAGCGACAGCCUGUGA